AUGGCAUCCUCCGAACGUCUCCUCGUCAGCCGGGACGUCGCCGUCUUCCCGCCGCAGUUCCUCACGGUGAUGCGCAAGCUCCUGAACCUGAAGGCGCCGUACUGGUAUCGCGAGUUCGAGGAGAUCUAUCAGAAGGUCCGAGGGAUGGAGGCGAUUGCGGACGAACUGCUCGAGCGGCUCGGCGACAAGGCGUGGCGGCCCUGGGAUGCGUACGACGAGCUUGAGAAACAGCCGGCUUUGGCUGCGCCUUACGUAGGACACGCAGUCCCCGCCCUCCUUCGCCGGAUCUACUACCAAGCGAACUACGGCGUCGACGUCGCUCGCUCGUCAGAUUAUGAGGACAUCCGUCUCGAUCUUAGUUCCAUCUUCGACGAGCCUCUCAUCCACACGAAGAUGGGCAGAGACUACGACAUCGCCCGGGCAGCGCGUGAACCCGAUCCAGGACCGUCCGACGAAAGCUGGCGCGCCAACGUCGCAUGUGUUCUCGACCGCGCCAAGUCUUUCACAAGCAGUCUCGCCUCGCUUCGCACACCGCGCACAUCCGCUUCGACGGAACAAGCUUACGAGUCUUCCUUCGCGUACGACGCUGCCAUGAAGAGGAUGCUCUAG